GUUGACUUGUUGACAUCCACGAAGUUCAUCAUCGUCUACCAUGCCCAAGCCAACAGCUUCAGCUCCUUCCGAGGCACCGGCCGACGCCAACAAUGAAGCGGCCGAGGGUUUCAGCGGAUCCAAAUCUUUUGCGGAGCUCGGUGUCGACUCGGCCAUCUGCGAGGCCAUCGAGGCUGUUGGCUGGUCGGCGCCCAGUAAGAUCCAGCAGCAGGCCAUUCCGCAUGGCCUCGCAGGCAAAGACAUCAUUGGUCUGGCCGAGACCGGCUCAGGAAAGACUGGCGCCUUUGUGAUCCCGAUCCUACAGAGUCUACUGCAGAACCCACAGCGUCUGUACGCGCUGGUAUUGGCCCCCACACGAGAAUUGGCUUAUCAGAUCGGCGAACAGUUCGAGGCGCUAGGUGCGUCCAUUGGCCUUAAAUGCGCCUGCGUCGUGGGUGGAAUCGACAUGAUGCAGCAGCAAGUGGCACUGGCCCGCAAACCUCACGUGGUUAUCGCCACGCCCGGCCGACUGGUGGACCACUUGGAGAACACGAAGGGCUUCAGUCUCCGCACCAUGAAGUUCCUCGUCCUGGACGAAGCUGAUAGGAUGCUCAGUAUGGACUUUGAAGAAGAGAUCAACCAGAUCGUGCAGCUCAUGCCGGCCGACCGCAACACUUAUCUCUUCAGUGCCACCAUGACGUCCAAAGUGCGCAAACUGCAGCGCGCGUCGCUCAAGGACCCGGUCAAGGUGGAAAUCACCCACAAGUUCGCCACGCCCGAGACUCUAAAGCAGCACUACCUGUUCAUUCCGGCCAAAUUCAAGGACUGCUACUUGGCCUAUGUAUUGAACGAGGUGGCCGGCCAGUCCGUGCUGAUCUUUGCCAGUACGUGCAACGGAACGCAGAAGGUGACGCUCAUGCUGCGGAAUUUGGGCUUCCAGGCCAUCUGUCUGCAUGGCCAAAUGCCCCAGCCCAGUCGUCUUGGAGCUCUGAACAAGUUCAAGGCAAAGGCCAGGAAUGUGCUCGUGUGUACCGACGUGGCCUCGCGUGGCCUGGAUAUCCCGAGUGUCGACGUGGUCAUUAACUACGAUAUCCCGACACACGGCAAGGACUACAUUCACCGUGUUGGCCGAACGGCCCGUGCUGGCCGAGCUGGUGUGGCUAUUUCAUUUGUGACACAAUACGAUGUGGAGCUGUACCAGCGUAUUGAACACCUGCUAGGCACAAAACUAGAUGCAUACCCGUGCGAAGAGGAGACGGUUCUAGUCAUGUCUGAGCGUGUGAACGAGGCGCAACGUAUAGCCACCAUCGAGAUGAAGGAGGCAGCAGCGAACGGAACAGGUACCAAGCGUGGACGCUACGCUCGUGAUGAUGACGAGGGCGACGAUGAGGAAGGAGGCGAGAAACGAUACAAAUCCGCCAGCCGAGUGCAGAAGGGAGGCCGAGGUGGUCGCGGCCGUGGCCGUGGCCGAGGCAAGCGGAAUUAGAAGCAGAAGAAAGAAAAUGUUUAGAUAUUUGCUCUCAUAUUCUCGGCGGCGCGAGUGCGUCGUCCGUGUUCAAAGGUGUUGAUCUCCUAUAUUGACUUUCAUCGGAUCUCGCUGCCAACACUCAAGGGCAGCAUCAAGUCCGUUCCGAGGCG